UGAAAAAUUAAUUUUAUUAAAAAUACUCAAUUUUCUUCUUGCUAUAAUAUCAAGUACAACAAAAAAGAAAUAAGCAAGAUGUUUAAUCGUGAAAAUUUUAUUAUAUUGACAGUGGUGACCUUAGCGUAUGCUGAUAUUUUUGUAAUUCAACAACGACCAAAGCAUGAAGUUAUAUCAGAAUUUCGUGACAUGCCAGCUAGGUUUGGAAAUUCGAUCCCGUUUGAAGGUUUUAAGGGUCGAGUGGUUAUUGCAAAUCCUGUGAAUGCCUGUGUUCCAAUAGAACCACCUCCAACAGAACCAGAACCAGAAUAUUAUGAGUGGAAUAUAUUUGCAUUGGUUCAACGAUAUGAUUGUUCAUUUGAACUGAAAGUAAGAAAUGCGCAAUUAAUGGGCUAUGAUGGUGUAAUUAUUUAUAAUGUUAAUUCAAGUGAUCUAGAAAUAAUGUCAGCCAAAGACCCAACGGGCAUAAUGAUACCAUCAGUAUUCAUUGGUGAAGAAGAUGCAAUGAUAUUAAAAGAUUGUGCACGUUCCGAUUUUAAUGAGACUUCAUAUUAUGUAGUUAUUACAAGUGAUAUACCAUUUAAUAUUAGCACACAUUUGUUGGUACCAUUUGCAAUUAUUGUUGGAUUAUGUUUUCUAGUUAUGUUAAUAUUUAUGAUUAUAAAAUGUAUAAAAGACCGCCGAAGACAACGUAGGUACCGAUUACCAAAAUCUUCAUUAAAUAAAAUACCAACAUGUAAAUUUGUAAAGGGUGCACCAUACGAUACGUGUGUUAUAUGUUUAGAUGAUUUUGUUGAAGGUGAUAAACUACGUGUAUUGCCUUGUGCUCAUGCAUAUCAUUACAAAUGCAUUGAUCCAUGGUUAACAAAAAAUCGUCGUGUGUGUCCUAUAUGUAAACGUAAAGUAUUUGCACACGAUGAACGCCCGGGACCAGAUUCAGAGAGUGAUAGUGAAGUGGAUGAUACAGUGCCAUUAUUAUAUCCAACAAAUUCACAAACAAAUCGUAAUGGUGGUACGUUUGUUGUACAACGUGAGAAUCCAUUUCAACGUGCACGUCGCACGUUCUUAGAACGUCAACAACAACAACAAACAGUUCCCGUUGCAACUCGACCACAAUCACAAUCAUCGUCUGAAACCGAUUAUAAUCGACAAUCCGAUGAUAAUAUAUCCGAAAAUAGUAUUCUAAAUCAAUCAACUUCACAGAGUUCAUCUUCAGAUGCUGCUGAUGUUGAACAUAGAGAACAGCGUUCAUCAUUUAAAGCUUUAUUUAACCGUAUUCAUGAAUUAUUCUCAUCGUCUAAUUCAGCUACAAGUACAAGUAAUGAUAAUAAUCAGUUCGCAACAUCUUCAGCUCAUAAUUCAAUUAAUAACGAUAAUAUUAGCGAGCAUGAUGCCGAUAACGAUAACUCACCAACAACAUAUGCAACUAUAGUUGAAAUUUAAAUGUUUUUUAUUAUUUCAUUCCCAAUUUUUAUGUUAUAUUAUUUUAAAAAAUAAUAACAAUAACAAAAAUGAUUGGGUUCAAAUUUUAACAAUGGUGUAACGAGCGUUUUAUCUUUUAGAUUUUUUUUUUGGUUCAUUGAAUCUGUUAAUUAAUUUA